AUGGCAAGUGGUGGCCAGAAGCGGAUACUGCAAUUAACUGGGUUUAGAAAGAAAGAGAAAGAGACGCUACUCGAAUAUCUGUUCAAACUGGACUGUGUUUUUUUGGAUAAUAAGCAAUACAGAAACUGUUCACAUCUUAUAGCAAAAAAGCUAUGCAAGAGUGAAAAGUUCUUAGCUGCCUGUGCAGCAGGAAAGUGGAUACUAACUAAGGAGUACAUAAUUAAUAGCGCUGAAAGUGGCAGAUGGCUUGAUGAAACAACCUACGAGUGGGGAUAUGAAAUUGAAAAAGACACCCAUCACUAUUCACCUCAGAGGCAAUCUGCACCUAAAAGAUGGCGAGAGGAACUGGCACGCUCUGGGGCUCCCGGGGCCUUCCACAGAUGGAAAGUUCUCCUCCUUGCUGAGGAAGAUAAUAAACAAAUGAUGUCUAUUAGAAGAGUCCUUGAAGCUGGAAAGGCAACCAUAUGUUCAUCUCAAAACUCAGAGCACAAUAUAACUCAUGUUUUCGUCAGUAGUACCAUUUGUCUUACGCAAACCAGAAAAUACCUGUCUGAUGGUCCAUACUACCCUUUGCAACAUAUAGGAGAUUACCUUUUUGAGAAUGAAAUACAAAACCUUGAAGAUACCCCAGUGGAUGAUGUCCCGGGUGUGCAAGAAGCAGACAAAAUCGUGUCUGACAUGCAGCUGGCUAAAGUGAGAAAUGCUGUUAUAAGACAUAUAUAUUUUGCUGCUGCUGUUAAACACAGUUUUGCUCAGAAAGACUACCUGAAGAAAUGUAGUCCAGAGGUUGAAAGUGCCAGCCUGUCCAGAGGCACAUGUCGGCUGCUUGAAGGAUUAGUGGAAGAGUGUUUAAUUCCUGAUGUGAUCACAGAACUUGCUGCUUGUCAAAAGUACUUCACACCACCUGUGAAAAUUCUUCAUUCUCUUCUAGAGUAUAUCUUCCUGGAAAACACUAAUGCAAUAUUUAUUGCUAAGUUUUUUCAUAUAUUGUACCUUGUUCUCCAACUUGAUCCUCCUUGGAAGUCCCCAUCCAUGUUAAAAUAUUAUUUGGAUCUUCUUCAGUGUCCUGUCUGUAAAAAAGGCACAUGGUCCUUGAUAGAGAUGCUUGUGAGGUCUUGCCUUUAUUGCAAACCCAGUUGUCAUGAAGUCCCAAUUCCAGGGAGAGAAGAUGAACAGAGGAUGGUUCACAAAACAUUUUUGAAGUUUUUCGUUGAUCUGAUAAAAGCUGAAGUAGAGUUCCUGACAACAGGUUUGGUUGAAGGAACCAGUUCACAGCAUCCACAAGUCAUGCCACAGACAGUUCUUCUGAAGACCUUUUGGCUGGAAGGCAAAACCUCAGUGCUUUUUACCAAACAUGUAAAUAUUCUAGCAGAUUGGAUCAUCCUUUCCCAGAGAGAAUUGAGCAGGAAAAAUGAUGCUUUCAGAUGCGAAAUUGUUUUUCUGUUAAAUGCAAUUCUUGGAACCAUAGUGGAAUAUUGGAUCAUCUCAGGUUUGCUUAUGGACAGAAAUGUGUUUCACCAGGUAGCUGAUGACUUGGCCCAUUACUUCGCCAUUUCAUGUAAUGAUUUUUCGAUAUGCAACUUGAAAACUUUCAUUUGUUCCAUGUCAUCCCCCUGGCUUCAGAUGUUUGUGGCAGAAGCAGUUUUUAAGAAUCUGUGUUUACAGAAGAACAUAACUAUUUCUAAAGCACCUCUUUCUCUUCAAAAAAUAGUCUGCUGCUAUUUGCCUGCCUUGCGAGAGGUAGGGAUGCACAAGACAAGAGAGGUACAGAAAACAGAGAGUAAGGAGGGGAAAAGAGGGAGAUGUCUGUGCCCCGAGUCUCCAAGCAUAUUACAGAUGCCGAGCAGCGAUAAGCAGAACCAAGUCAAAGUGCUGCCUGAUCUACCUGACUUGAACAAGUGCCCUUCAUUGAUGAAGACUGGACCAAAAGCAAAAACAGUUAAUGUUGAACACAAGGAGAAUUGCUACCGUUUGCCUAAAAAUGUGAAUAUUUGGAAGAGAAAUCUGAAAGGAGAGACAGCCCUGCACAUAGCUUGCAGAAAUAACAAAGUGGAGAGAUUGAUUCAGCUUCUCUCUUCCCCUGGAAUAGACAUUAAUGUUAAAGACUAUGCUGGCUGGACGCCUUUGCAUGAAGCCUGUAACCAUGGCAGCACAGUGUGUGUCCGUGAAAUUUUGCAGCGUUGUCCAGAGGUAGACCUGCUCAGUCAAGUGGACGGGAUGACUCCUUUGCAUGAUGCACUGUCAAAUGGACAUGUAGAGAUUGCCAAGCUGCUACUUCAGCAUGGGGGUGAGUGCAUUUCUCCUAAGGAAAAAAAAAAAAAGGAGGGGGUAAAAAAAGGGGAAAUUGUCCACUGA